AUGUUCAAAUGGCAUGCCUUGUUUUUCUGUGCAGAAGAGUGGCAUUCCAGCUUUCCAACAACUCUGGAGUAUGGCAAGUCAGAGUCCCAUUGUUCUUCCAUUGCUGUCUCUGAAACUGAAAGACUCUCUGAUAUGGAAGUUCAUCACAAGAUCCACACAGGCAAGCGACUGUUUGAGUGCCACCUGUGCCCACAACGUUUCAAACGGAAUAGCAAUCUCAAGCAACACCUGCGCACCCACACUGAAGAGAGGCAUUCCAGCUGUCCAGCAACUCUAGAGGAUGGCAAGUCACAGCAGCGACAGUCCCAUUGCUCUUCCAUUGGUGUCUGUAAAACUGAAAGACCAUCUGAUGUGGAAGUUCAUCACAAGGUCCACAUAGUCAAGCGGCUGUUUGAGUGCCACCUGUGCCCUCAAAGUUUCCAACAGAAGGGCAACCUCAACCAACACCUGCGCACCCACACCGGCGAGCGGCCACAUCAGUGCCCUUCAUGUGACAAGAGCUUCUCGGCAAGGUGCAAGCUUAGGGACCACCUGCGCACUCACACUGAAACUCAUUCAUCCCCUGCUGUGUGAACCAGGAUGAGUGUUCCCCUACCAGGAAAGCAGCAGUCAAAACACACCCCAUGGUAUUUUUUUUUAAUUUGUAAGGUCAGGUCAGGUCUUCUAACAUACCAUAAAAUACUGUGGUCGCACAAGCGCCCAGUAUUAGUGUUUCCAAAAGUUCAGAAUUCUGAAACUUGUGUGUUACGCGCUCACCCCCGCCAAGAGCCGUCAUGAUUCAAAACGUUCGCCCUCUUGCAGCCACCAUGAGACUGUUGAGGAGGAGGAGGAGAGGUUGAGGAAAGAAAAACGCACAACUUCUGCAACCCUGAUUGGGAGCACGGCUCUGCACCUGUAAGGGAAAGGGGGAAAGGGAGAUAAAGAUGAGAAGAGCUAGGAGAAGGAGAGGAGGAAUGCUGUCGAUGACCGAGGACGCGGUGGGCGGCUACUAUAGCCGGUUGGCCAGUCCAUUGUCCUCAAGGAAGCGAAGAACCGCCUUGAAAACCUGGGUGUGGUGCUGUGCAGGGAAUAGGAGGUGCCUCUGUGUAGCCGCGGGAAUACCCUGGUGACGGAGUGCGGCGGGCAAGGCAUCUCAUGCUUGAAGCGCUGGGCACACACACAACAGGUGAGCAAUUGUUUCGUCUUCCCCUCACGCACUGCACGCAGGUGACGAAGCUCUGCCUAGCCGAUGGCGUCAUGCCGCAGGCCAGGAGCAGCCGAUGCGUAGACGCAGUAGUAGGGACUGCUCCCUCCUGGAGAGGCCCCUGUCAGGCAGCCGGGUUGGAGGUUCCAGCCUGGCCACACGUUCAUCGGGGUGGCAGCGUAGCAACAGCCGCCUCAAGCCCACCAGGUGCAUGAUGCAUUCCUACUCUGUUGCCAGGACGAUUGAAGUCGCCACCUAGCUCACCUGCACAUCCACACAGGAGAAAAGCCAUUCAGCUGCACUGUCUGCUCCAAGUAUUCUUCACUGAGCAGUCAUCUGAGAGUUCACAUGAAGUCUUACAGCAUUGAAUAUGUCACCAGUCAUGCAUCUGAGAAUCUUUAUUGAAUCCAUAUUUGAAUCCUACAUAAGAAUCCCAUACAUAAAAAAAAAGGUGAGGCCUGUUGCGUGGCACCGAAACCGCAUCUCAGGCCUAGUUCUCCUCGCGCUCGUUGUGACGCCCCUGCUUGGGUACAGCUGUUCACAGAGGAACACUUCCACAGUCGCGUUGGUACGUGCGAUACUGACUCUAAUCAGGCCGUAAAUAACAUGUUUUAUAGUUGGACAUUACAGGUUGAAUAUUGAACUCGUUAUUACAAGUGGCGAUUACACCACAUGUGUGAACAGCUUGCCCUAGGAGUGCCAAUCUUUUGUAGAGUGGGCUUCGAUGCUCUCCAUGAAUGUUGCCCGCUUGACUCGCCUGAAAUGAAAAGAAGUGCUCGUUAUUACAAAUUAUUCUGAGUGGAUUUACGCUUUCCUUCAAGAUGAAGCAGGGAGGGAUGCAGGUACUGAGGAGGUUGGCCGAAGAACCCGGAUGCCUUUUCCCCUAUAAUUUAGCUUUCCCUCUAUUCCUCUGUCCUCGGCAAUCUGACAAGUGCGGCAGGUUCGUAAAGAUGCAUGACCCGAAUUUAGUCGCACUUAAAGAAACAGCGGCAAAAUAAAAGACAUGUAGAAGUAAGAAGCACUUGUCCUGUGUACGUCUCCUCCUCUUGCCUCUGUUUUUUUUACACGCUACUAAAUUUAGCUUUUGCCGAUGUUUCUGAUGGGCAUGUCUCUCCGAACAAUUCCUCUCGCCCCCGCAGGUGGCAAUGAAACUCACCUUGUUAACCCGCCACUUGCACCCUCCUUCCCCCAUGAAAAAGUUCUGGCUAAAUGCCUUGGUGUACGUUAUUAAGUCAUGAAUUGGAAGCCAAAUUUCAAUGUACGUGAGCUUGUGGAAAAUUUAUAACUUCCAGUGUCAUUGAAAAAGGCUUGUCUUUCUCGAGGCACCUUGUGAGGAAAUAGCCCACCGGUAGACACAGGCCAUUGACAGUCCUCGUAAGACGAAGCAUACCAAAGCGGUUCGCUGCUUGAGGAACUGCACUUGACUCUUUCUCGCGACUCACGUAAACAAGACCAAAUAUCUUCAUCAUACUCAGGCUGUUUCUCGCUCAAAAUGGCCACUUGGUUGCUGAUAAAAACGGCAGCUUUGUCUCCUUUUGUGCUUUUUGUAAUGCAUGAACAAAGGCCUGCACAUCUUAAUUGUUUUCAUAAGUUAAGAGGCGUUCCUUCAUUUCAUCUCGAUUGGACUGCAAUUUUUUUAACUGCUCUCCUUGACGAGCAACUUUCUUUCUCAAUCUGUUCACGGGGUUCUUCGACUCUUAUAAGACAUGCGCAAGAUCUAAUGUGGUUUGGCAGGCCUGAUCUACAGGAAAACUACGUUCUCUGCACGAUUCUGACGCCGACUGUGGAAUUAGCACUUUGAUCUCGUCUUUCAAAGUGUGCAAGGAACAUUUAAUCUUGGGGGUUGUGCUGAGCUGCCAGUCGCCUGCCCCAGCUACUGCGUCAUCAGCUGGAUUCUUAUGCCGUUUUCUGUACUGCGCGUUCUUUUUUUUGCAUACAGUGUGGAUAUCUGUGAAACACAGUCAGGGUCGCAGUUGGAAGCAAAAGCCUAACCUUCGUGUUCUUUUUACAGUCAUUCUCAGUAAAAUGUAAUGAACAUACCAGUGACCUGUCGCUUGGCUCCCGCUUGCUUCCUUUCCCCAACAGUCCUUGGCGAGAGAUAUUCUUCAGCCACGCUUCCUGACGCUGUAGAUUCCUGAUACUUCGCAGUAGCGUCUUUUAUAGCAUAUGAGUUGCACAGUGACACACAACACCUUCACGGCAUCGCACCGAUAAAAAAAACCAUCUGCCACAUGCGUACACACCAAACAACCGUA